AGACGGGUGUGUACGAUUCGAGCAGUGGUGGUGGUGUUGGGCUCCCAGUCACCAGUGUGACAGUGGUCGUCAGUGUUGGAGCUGCAGCAGGGCCCAUACUACAUCCCCGCUCACUUCGAAUUUGUUCCUCCACUAGCUGGGUAUAGUUUCAUUACAACAACGCUGUGUCUUCAAAUUCGGACUGACAGGGCGAAUACAGCCGAGGCCGUUGAUACCAACAGCAACGAGAGACCGUGAAGAUGCCUCUCCCUAGAGGAAGGAAACGAGGUCGUCUUCAAAGACAGACAGCUGCUGCCCGAAGUAUCAGGCAGAGACCACUGGUGAUCAGUUUGGAUGGUGCGAGCUCAAGUGAUGAGGCCAGAAGCCCAAGUCCCUGUCCUACUGAGGUCACUUCUAAAACACAGAUGCAGCUCACUUUGAGCCCAAAUGUGUUUGGACGUGGCAUCAUGUCUGACUCCGAUUCUGACUGUCUUGAGGUAGAGUCUAUGAGGGCAUCACCUAAGACCAAGGAGGUGAAUUGUGCAGAUGACGAUGAAUUGUUUUGCAGCGACUCUGUUGUCGAUUUGUAUGAUGUGGAUUAUAAAUCAUACCGUAUGCAGGUAAUGAAAACGGCUGCCAAAGAGAUCAGUGCUCUGAAAAAAAGUAACAUCUUGGAUUCCAAUGAACAACCAGAUGAGUGUGAAGAUCCUUCUCAGUUUCACAAUGAGCAAGAUGAUGAUGUUUGUUUGGUGGAGGAAGUAAAAGAAGAGAAUACAAUUCUAGAAGCUCCUGUAUCACCCACUUUACUAGAUCUCAAGGUGCCUAAAAAAAGUAAAAUAAAGAAGAAUAGGAAUACCAAGAAAGCUCUUAAUUGUUUGAAAGCAUUAUCCAAAGAAUAUGAAAAGGAAAAAUUGAUAGAAGACAGCAUAAACUUGAGCAUUACAACACUUUUGGGUGAAGAUGAUGAUAAUCCUGAGAUUACCCUACGAGUAAAGUGGGGAUCAGAUUAUCUUCGCAUGCCUUUGAAAGUUUUGCAGAAAUUUUCGCACCUGUACCAAGAACUUGCUGAGCGCUUUAGUGUGAGUGUCAGCCAGAUAGUGUUAAGCUAUAAAGAUAAGGUGAUCAGCUCUGAAUUGUGCCCUAAAGACUUGGGCAUCACAAUAGCUGACAUUAUUGAGGGUGGAAUUCAGUCAAAAGCAAGUAGUGAUAAUACCCAGAUGUUGGAAAACAAUGGUCCAGAUUCUGUUUGUCUUAAGAUUCAGAAUGCUGACAGAAAGGGAGCAAUAAGUAUUUUCAUUAAUCGCUAUGACAAGAUGAUUGUGAUGAUGCACAGGUAUGCUGACGAAAAAAAUAUUAACAUUGAUAAACUAAAGUUUUUGUUUGAUGGUGAAAUUUUGAAUCCAAGUGACACUCCACAAAGUUUAGAUCUGGAUGGGGGUGAGUGUAUUGAUGUAUAUGAAAAUUAGUGAUGCUUCACAAAAUCUAGAUCCAGAUAAUUAUUGAGAUUUGUACAGUAAAUUUGUUUUUAUUUUGGUGACAUAAUCAAAUUUUUUGGUCUCUGCUACAAGAAGUUAAGAUAGUUGUCAAUUUUUUUUUUUUUUUUAUGCCCUGUGAUUUAGAAGCUUAACUAAACAGUUCAGCCAUCAACCAUUUCCAAUUCUGUGCAUAUUGAAACUAAAGUAAUAUCUAACAAGUUUUUUGAACAACUCAAAAAAGGUUUUGUUCAUCCUGCACAUAAAGCUGUUACCACAAUAACAUACUGAAAGACAAGACUGGCGCAGAGGAGUUUUAAGGGCUUACAUGUAUAAGCAGGAUAAUAAAAGAAAUCUGGAAAAUUAAAAAUCAAAAGUAGAUGGAAACUGAAAUUAUAAAUGCAUAACAUUAACUGUAAAGGUAAUGUAGUUUGCAAAGGAUCAGUUAAUCAAAAAUGACGGUAACAAAAGGGAUCCUAAAAUGAAUGACCUUGGUGGACCUAUUUAUAUUUGUUCCAACUUUUUAAUACUUGUCUUAAAUUUGUAUCGUCAUCUAUGUUGUUUACAUAGUGAAACAUGUUUACAUAUGUUUUUUUUUUUUCACUAAAAAUUUAAAUCCAGGCUUCAUAUUAACUCAUUCACAUAUAAUAAAACACAUCCUUUCUCUUUUCUCUAGUCACUGUUAUCAGGGCUGAAAGCAAAGCAAAAAUAAUUUCAAUUUGUGGAAAUUUACAUGACUUGAAUGUCCAAAUCAACCAUAACUUUCUUAAACUUAAGAACUCAGAGCAAGUAUUGCAGGAAAGGUCACAUUUUUCUUAUCAGCCUAUACUCUCUCUAAUAGUGGAUGUUUAGGGACAAUUUUAAUUUUUUUUUUUUUUUUUUUUUUUUGCAACAUUGUAAAAGCUUCGAUAGGUGAUGCAUUGCAUCCAAUUGUUUGUUUUUACUAGUGUGUGUUUCAUUGCUCUGUUAAACAAGCUAAUGCCCACAUAGGUCACUUUGUUGGCACAUGGAUAUUUGAGUAAGGUAGGAGUAUAGAACAUCAUACAGAACAGAAGCACAUUACAGUAUCACCUUACUUAGUAUACAAAGAAAAUCAGAUUAAUAUUCACAUAAUGUCUUCAGUACUAUACAAAAUACCAAUAAUCAUUCAUAUAUUCCCUUUGUAUUAAUAUAUACAUAGUACUUAAUAUCUAGAUCAUAAGGUCAACAUUGAGCCUCAAUAUUUUAAGAUGAAUUGUAUAAUUUUUUUCCAAAGAGGUCAGUGAUAGCAUGCAAUGUCAGAGAAAUAAUACAGAAGUGUACUAUAAUUAGUACAAUAUUAAUAUAAUAUCAGACAAUAGUCCAUAAAGUGCAGUGGUCAUCAGUUAGGUGAUGGGAUCUGCAUGAAUUAUUACUCCUAAUGAAUGCCAUUAUUGUGGAUAUGAAGCAGUAUUUUGUGCAUCUUAUUUGCUCCAAUGAGCAAUUGUUUCUGCCAGUUUGGUAUUAUUGAAGAGUUCAUUUGUUAAUUGUUAAUUUCCUUUGUAUUAGCAACAUUAAAUGAAUGUGGACUUCCACAUAAUGUAUAUAGUAAUCUUCAAAAUUAGAUGGCUAUUCCUGGGUGUAAAAGUUGUGUAAAUAUCAUACAUACUUGUAUAAUAGCUGAAUUUUUUCAGAAUUAUGUUUACAAUAUUGUACAUUUUUAGUCCUUGAUAACUAGUACAGUAACCAGACCCCUUGUAUAAAUACAUAUAUUUUUGGUCUAUGUUGUAGAGCAUUUUGAUAAUUUAACACCUGGAUUAUACCCUCAUAUAACAGCUGUUUGGUUAUGUUGAAGGAUUUAGGUUUCUCAGUCUGUCAUUUAUCAACAUAGUAAACCUUUCAACUUUGGAAAAUAUUUACCAGUUUUUGUACUGCAUAUAUAAUUGGAAAUCAGAUAUUUGCUUAUUCUAAAUUGUCAAAUGGUAUAUUUGGAGAAUGGAAAUAGUUAUCUUCUUACUCAAUGCUUUUCAGAUUGUAUUGUUGCUGCACUGACACUAAAGUGGUUUUGCAUAUUGUAACUACUGUACUUUAAGAGUUGUCUUCGUAGCAUAGACCUUUCAAAUCGGUAAUUAUUCGUAGCAUAGACCUUUCAAAUCGGUAAUUAUUCGUAGCAUAGACCUUUCAAAUCGGUAAUUAACCUGUUGCAAUCCUCUGGACAUUUUCAUUCUUCUAUUUAUAUAGUAAAGGUUAAAGCUUCUCAGUGGUUAUUGAUAUAUUGAUUUGUGCUUAAAUAGUAUUCCAGGGUUGGUGCUUUGUUAAUUAUACCACUUAUUACUUUCAUUACUCUCGGGCUGAAGGAUGCUAAUACCUCACACCAGUGUAUCAAACAAAUUUUUAAUGUACUCCAUGUUGAAUUCCAUUGUUUUUAGGUUUUAGUACUUCCGGACCAAUUUUAUUUAAUCCAAGUAUUUAUUUUGCAAAUAAUGGAAUUUUUUUUUACAUUUUUUAUAUUUUAUAUUUCUUGUUUCUUUAAGCAAAUAUUCAUUAUUUAGACCUUAUCUUAUGUGCUUUUUUUAUUGUGGUAUUUGUGUGUGCACUGAGAGCCAUGUACAAUAUAUGCCACAGUCUUGGUAUAUUAAUACUAAUCUAAGAUAAUGAAAUCCCACUUCAUUACUGUACUUGUUUAUUAUGCAUCUCAGAAGUUGCCAUUGUAGGUACAGAGGCCACUUAAUGUUAAGUUUAUUACUCCACAAGCACAGCUGGACAUUUUCAUACCAUUUAAUUACAUUCUCUAAUAUAUUGGUUCUUUGUUGUGUAUUUUAUUUGUGUUAAAUGUAGUUGACAGCAAUCUUUUAGUGUUGCAUUUUGAUACAUUAGUGUUCUGUUUGAUUAAAUGGUGUCAGAAAUAUUAAAAAUUAAUAUGAUAUUCUA